GGCGGCGGUGGCGGUGAUGGAGCCGGGGAUGGAACCGGGAAAGCGAAGCCGGCGGGCGGCGGCGGUGGCAGCAGCAGCAGCAGCAGCAACAGCGGCGGCCUGAAGCCCCCCCGGCGGUGGUGGCAUCAGCAGCGGUGGAGCCCACUCCCCAGACAACCUCUUCCCAGCUCCUCCAGUUGAUUUACCACCCCCUCCUCUGCUCCGGGAGCCGAGCCCACCCUGAGGAAUGAGCGCUUUCCAGGCAGACCUCCUCCUCCUCCUCCUCGGGUGCUUCCUCCUCAGCCAAGAACUGGGGCUGCCAGGAAGAGGAUGCUGCCUGGUGCUGGGGUUCAUGUACAAGGAGAAGUACCGCAGGCUGACCGAAGGUCAAGCUUCGUCCUUCUCGCAGCAGCCGCAGGACCAGGUGGUGGUGGCAGGGCAGGCUGCGACGCUGCUCUGUGCCAUCCCCCAGUACAACGGCAUCGUGCUCUGGAUCAAGGACGGGCUGGCCCUGGGCGUCGGCAGGGACCUCUCCAGUUACCCACGGUACCUGGUGGUAGGAGACCACCUGUCUGGAGAGCACCACCUGAAGAUCCUGAGGGCUGACCUGCAGGACGAUGCUGUCUACGAGUGCCAGGCCAUCCAGGCUGCCAUCCGCUCGCGCCCGGCCAGGCUGACCGUGCUGGUGCCCCCAGACGACCCUGUGAUUCUGGGGGGUCCCAUCAUCAGCCUGAGAGCAGGGGACCCCCUCAACCUGACCUGCCAUGCAGACAACGCCAAGCCAGCAGCCUCCAUCAUCUGGAUGAGGAGAGGAGAAGUCAUCAACGGUGCCACCUACUCCAAGACGCUGCUCCGCGACGGGAAGAGGGAGAGCAUCAUGAGCACCCUCUUCAUGGCCCCCUCCGACAUCGAGAACGGGGAGAGCAUCGUCUGCAGGGCCAGCAACAAAGCCCUGCCCGCCGGCAAGGAGACCUCGGUCACCAUCGACAUCCAGCACCCCCCCCUGGUGAACCUGUCCGUGGAGCCACAGCCAGUGCUGGAGGACAACACUGUCAAGUUCCACUGCUCUGCCAAGGCCAACCCUGCUGUCACCCAGUACAGGUGGGCCAAGAAAGGCCAGGUCAUAAAGGAGGCUUCUGGAGACUUCUAUGAGACCAUCGUGGACCACACCUUCUUCUCAGAGCCUGUCUCCUGCGAGGUCACCAACGCCCUGGGCAGCACAAACAUCAGCAGGACAGUGGAUGUCUACUUUGGGCCCAGGAUGGCCACAGAACCCCAGUCCCUGCUGGUUGACCUGGGCUCCGAUGCUGUCUUCAACUGCGCCUGGACAGGGAACCCCUCGCUCACCAUCGUCUGGAUGAAGAGAGGCUCAGGCGUGGUGCUGAGCAACGAGAACAGGCUGACGCUGAAGUCUGUGCGCCAGGAGGACGCCGGCAAAUACGUCUGCAGAGCGGUGGUGCCGCGGGUGGGCGCGGGGGAGCGGGAGGUGACCCUCACCGUCAACGGGCCGCCCAUCAUCUCCAGCACCCAGACCCAGCACGCCCUGCACGGGCAGAAGGGGCAGAUCAAAUGCUUCAUCCGCAGCACUCCUCCGCCAGACCGCAUCGCCUGGUCCUGGAAGGAGAACGUGCUGGAGUCAGGCACCUCAGGGCGCUACACGGUGGAGACAGUGAGCACGGAGGAAGGAGUCAUCUCCACCCUCACCAUCAGCAACAUCGUCAGGGCUGACUUCCAGACCAUCUACAACUGCACUGCCUGGAACAGCUUCGGCUCUGACACGGAGAUCAUCCGGCUGAAGGAGCAAGGUACGGAGAUGAAGUCAGGAGCUGGCAUGCAAGCAGAGUCGGUGCCCAUGGCAGUGAUCAUCGGCGUGGCCGUGGGCGCCGGAGUGGCCUUCCUGGUGCUGCUGGCAACCAUCGUGGCCUUCUGCUGUGCCCGCUCCCAGAGGAAUCUCAAGGGUGUGGUGUCAGCCAAGAACGACAUCCGCGUGGAGAUCGUGCACAAGGAGCCAGCCUCGGGCAGGGAGGCAGAGGAGCACCCAACCAUCAAGCAGCUGAUGAUGGACCGGGGGGAGUUCCAGCAGGACUCGGUGCUGAAGCAGCUCGAGGUGCUCAAGGAGGAGGAGAAGGAGUUUCAGAACCUAAAGGACCCCACCAACGGCUACUACAGCGUCAACACCUUCAAGGAGCACCACUCCACGCCCAGCAUCUCCCUGUCGGGCUGCGCGGGGGAGCUGCGCCCCGCGGGCAAGCAGAGGGUGCCCACGGGCAUGUCCUUCACCAACAUCUACAGCACCCUGAGCGGGCAGAGUCGCCUCUACGACUACAGCCAGCGGUUCGUGCUGGGCAUGGGCAGCAGCUCCAUCGAGCUGUGCGAGCGAGAGUUCCAGCGCGGCUCCAUGAGCGACAGCAGCUCCUUCCUGGACACGCAGUGCGACAGCAGCAUCAGCAGCAGCGGCAAGCAGGAGCCCUACGUCCAGUUCGACAAGGCCAGCAAAGCCUCCGCCUCCUCCUCGCACCACUCCCAGUCCUCCUCCCAGAACUCGGACCCCAGCCGGCCCCUGCAGAGGAGGAUGCAGACGCACGUCUGAGCCGCCCCGGCGAUGCUCGGCAGCCCCCAGGGGCGCUGGGGACCUGCCCGGGGCGCUGCAGAGCUCUCCUGGAUGCUUCGGAGCGCCCGGGGGGGGCUUGAGAGCCUUCCAGGGUUGGUUGGGAGCUUCCAGGGGAUGCUCCAAGGGAUGCUCGGGAGCCCCCAGAGGGUGUUUGGGACUGGCCCUGGGUGCCUGAGAGCUUUCCUGGAUGCUUAAGAACCUCUGGGGGUGCUUGAGACGCUUCCAGGGUUGGUUGAGACCUUCCAGGGUAUGCUCCAAGGGACACUAAGGAGCCCCCAGAGGGUGUUUGGGACCUUCCAUGAGUGCUCAAGAACCUUCCUGGAUGCUUAAGAACCCCUGGGGGUGCUUGAGGCCCUUCCAGGGUUGGUUGAGACCUUCCAGGGGAUGCUCCAAGGGACACUAAGGAGCCCCCAGAGGGUGUUUGGGACCUUCCAUGAGUGCUCAAGAACCUUCCUGGAUGCUUAAGAACCUCUGGGGGUGCUUGAGGCCCUUCCAGGGUUGGUUGGAAACU